GGUGUGUCCACGCAGACGGGUGCGGAGUCGCUGGAGGGGCACCCCGACGACACACAGACGUGAGCUCAGACACACCUUCCCUGCUUGCGUGCAGCGAGCAGGUGGGAUCGCGGGGCACAACCCUUUCAUCUUCCCCAGACACAGCCACCACCCCGCCAGAAGUUUCUCCCUGGCUGACGGAUGCUGUGUGCCCAUCCGGGCCGCGGGGCCAUAAACCCGUGACCUACUUACUUUCUGUUUCCCAGAGCGUAGCAGCAGGCUGGACAACAUUUGAUCAACUCACGAGGAAGCCUGGAGGGAGGGUUGAAGCUAAGCCAGCACCUACUGUGUGCCAAGGACCUGUGUCAGAUUCUCACUCAAUCCCCCGAGAACCCCUGACAGCGAGUGCGUAUAGACAACCAAACCGCGGCUCAGCAGGGCCCCUGUUUAAGGCCACAUGAUGAAAUGGCCUGCUGGGAUCUGAACCAGGACUGUCCCAGCAGCACCAUUCGUCAGAGCCUUGCCCACACCGGGUGCACACACACCCUCAUAGGCUGAUAAUCACAUUCGUCCGCUGAUGAACUCGUGGGCUUAGCGGCAUGCUCAACCCCUACACUUACACACACACUCAGUUCAUGCUUGACUUGAAGGUUCAUGGCCUGCUCAAGCAGGUCCCGUAUUUCAAGUGGGAUGCCCGUGUGUGAAAGCAGAAUCCAGAACUGGUUCCUUCAUUUGGCCACGUUUAUUAAGAAUUGGUCUGGAUGGGGCGCCUGGGUGGCUCAGUCGGUGAAGUGCCUGCCUUCAACUUCGGUCAUGAUCCCAGGGUCCUGGGAUGGAGCCCCACAUGAGGCUCUCUGCUCAGCGGGGGGAUCUGCUGCUUCUGCCUCUCCCCCGGCUCAUGCUCUUUCUCUCUCAAAUAAAUAAAUAAAGUCUUAAAAAAAAAAAAAAGGAAUUGGUCUGGUGCCUGGCCCUUGGCCACUUACCUGGGACAGGCAACAGUGAAGAAAACCAGGUCUGCCAUGUGGCACUUAAGGUUAAAUGGAAGGGGGAGAGAAAAUGAUCAAUUCAGCUCUAAUGGAAAUAAACAGUGAUGUGAGAGCACGUGCCACGUGUGGGCGUGGUGGUUUAUUGUGUGUGGUACCAGAGGGGGAGCCUGACAGGGUGACGUUUAGAUUUAACCUGAACAAUAUCAAGCAGCAGCCACGCAGCGAUCCAGGCAGAGAGAAGGAGGGGAUGUGGCUGGAGAAGCGGAGCAAGUGAGAGGCCAGCAGAGAAGUGGACGGGACCCAGGGGAGGGGCGCGGGGGCAAUGAUGGACCAGGAAGAGAAGGUGGACGGGAGCUUGACCCCCUGCGUCAAGGCUGGCUCUCCAGACCAGGAGGGCUUCUUCAACCUGCUGAGCCACGUGCAGGGCGACCGGAUGGAGGAGCAGCGGUGCCCACUGCAGGCAGGGCCGGGUCCGACCUCCGAGAGCCAGAGUGGCCCUGCACCUGAGAUGGACAGUCUCAUGGACAUGCUGGCCAGUACCCAGGGCCGCCGUAUGGAUGACCAGCGUGUGACAGUCAGCAGCCUGCCUGGCUUCCAGCCCAUAGGCCCCAAGGACGGAGUGCAGAAACGAGCCGGGACGCUCAGCCCCCAACCCCUCCUCACCCCUCAAGACCCGACUGCUCUCAGCUUCCGUCGGAAUAGCAGCCCCCAACCCCAGACACAAGCCCCCUGA